AUGGUUGCAACUGGAACAACCGAAUGCAAAGCUGUAACUCCAAGAAAGUACAUUGUGGUGACAGGAUAUGGUCCAUUUGGAACUCAUAGUGUGAACCCAUCAGCUGAAGCAGUCAAGACACUUCCACGCAAGAUUGGUGACUAUGAUGUUGUAACGUACCAGUUGCCAGUUGCAUACAAGGAAGUUACAGAGUGUAUUGAGGAGAUCUACUCGAAAGAUACUCCUCCACAUUAUGCGAUUCAUGUAGGAGUUGCUCUUCCAGGCACGAUCUCUUUGGAGCGACAGGCUCAUAACUCUGGUUAUAUCUUGCCAGACAUCAAUGAAUUGCAUGAUACUAAUGACAUUGCCAGUGAGCAACUACCACCAAAUGGUGUAGCAGUAGCAGGAGGAAAAGAAGUACUACAAACAGGACUGGAUUUAUCAACCAUUAAAAACAGGAUGCAUUCAAAGGGAUGGAUGACAGUAAACGAAUCAAUGGAUCCUGGCAGCUUCAUCUUUUAUCAGUCUAUGGAUCGAGCAAGCAAAACCAAACAUUCAGCACUGCAGCAGCAAUACACACAAAGUUUGUUUGUGCAUAUUCCACCAGUUGGCAGUCCUCACUCUCAGAUCGAAUUGAAUGCGAUGCUUGCAGUGUUGGUGAAUGAAGUGGUUUCAAGCCUACCCAUCACAACUGUAUCUACAUAA